AUGGCGUGUAUCCGUAAAGAUGUGUUUUGGAUUGGAUUAAUAUGUAUAAUAAGUUUCUGCUAUGGACAACAUAUAAAGUCCUCUUCUUCGUCUAACGAAAUAAGCUCUACUCAAUCAACUUCUAGCAAGCAGACUAACACUUUGCCAACAAAAGGAUCUGCUAAUCAUCUCCACAACAAUGAACUGGUUAGGUCCAAACGAGCCGAUAUACAGAAUCUGUCUAGUACUAGUGAAUCAACAAUAAACAGUCAGCUUAAUUCUUCUCAACCGUCUUCAACAGAAUCUUCAAAUACGACUAGUGAGAAAAAUGAAUCGCUAUUAUCUUCAGUUCUAGUAAAUAUUUCGUCUUCGGUCUCUCCUAAUGCAUCUGUUGUAAGUCCUUCAGAUGCAGCUCCUUUACCAGAAAAAAGUUCAGCUGAAGAUGAACAUAACAGUUCAAUGGCUAUAUUUUUUGUACUGUGUGUGCUGGCUCUUGGCAUUCUUCUCAUUCACCUUAUGUUACAAACUGGAUUUUCAUAUCUACCUGAGAGUGUAGUAAUAGUGUUCCUUGGGGCCUUAAUUGGUAUGUUGAUUAAUUUAAUGUCUAUUAGAAACAUAGCCAACUGGAGAAAAGAAGAAGCCUUUUCACCAACUGCUUUCUUCUUAGUGCUAUUACCCCCUAUCAUAUUUGAAUCUGGUUACAAUCUUCAUAAAGGUAAUUUUUUUCAAAAUAUUGGAUCUAUUUUAUUGUUUGCAAUAGUAGGCACUGCUAUAUCAGCAUUUGUUAUCGGUGCUGGUAUAUAUUUGUUAGGUUUGGCGCAAGUGGUGUAUAAAUUGAGUUUUGUGGAAUCAUUUGCGUUUGGUUCUCUGAUCUCUGCAGUGGACCCUGUUGCCACAGUGGCAAUUUUUCAUGCUUUGGAUGUAGACCCUGUACUUAACAUGUUGGUGUUUGGAGAGAGUAUAUUAAAUGAUGCAGUUGCUAUUGUUCUAACUACUGCUGUUUUAGAUUCAAAUGAUCCUCUAAUGUCAACUGGUGAGGCAAUUCUUUCAGCAAUCAAUCGCUUUUGGUUAAUGUUUUUUGCAUCAGCCGGUAUAGGUGUAUUAUUCGCACUUGUUAGUGCUCUUCUACUCAAACAUGUUGAUCUUCGAAAAAAUCCCUCUCUAGAGUUUGGUAUGAUGUUAGUAUUCACUUAUGCUCCAUAUGUGUUGGCUGAAGGAAUUCAUUUAUCAGGUAUAAUGGCAAUAUUAUUCUGUGGUAUUGUGAUGUCUCACUACACUCACUUCAACCUUUCAACGGUGACUCAGGUCACUAUGCAGCAGACUAUGAGAACACUUGCAUUUAUUGCAGAGACAUGUGUUUUUGCUUACUUGGGACUAGCUAUAUUCAGCUUCAGACAUCGAGUAGAACCAGCACUUGUAGUUUGGAGUAUAGUCAUGUGUCUGCUAGGCAGAGCUGCUAACAUAUUUCCACUCGCUUUACUCUGCAACAAAUUCCGCGAACACAAAAUAACUAAGAAAAUGAUGUUUAUCAUGUGGUUUAGUGGACUUAGAGGCGCUAUAUCGUACGCCUUAUCACUUCAUCUCGGGUUUUCAGAUGAGACUCGCCAUGUUAUUAUCACUACUACUCUUAUUAUCGUGUUAUUCACGACACUAUUCUUUGGAGGAUCUACGAUGCCAUUGCUGAAAUUUUUAAGGGCUAACAAGAAAGUGAAACGUUCGAGAUCAUUGCGCAAACAAAAAGAAGUCAGUUUAUCUAAAACGAAGGAAUGGGGUCAAGCUAUAGAUUCUGAGCAUUUGUCAGAAAUAACAGAAGAGGAAUUAGAAGUGAAUUAUUCCCAUGCAACGAGAUUAAAGGGUUUUGUGCGGUUGGAUAUGAAGUAUUUGAUACCAUUCUUUACAAGGAGAUUCACGCAUCAGGAAUUAAAAGAUUGUAAGAGUCAAAUGACAGAUCUUACGAACCAGUGGUACCAGGCCAUCAGGAUAUCUAACGACCGCGAAACAGACGAGGAAGAGAGUUUACAACAAAGUUCUCUGUCGAACUCUCACGCUAGUAUUCAGAGAGGCGUAUAA